ACCAGAUCACAUUGUUUGAUCUAAAAAUGGUGCGCUUCAAAAAAGGCAAAACAAAGAAAGCUUUAGACCUCUGGCAACAAGCAGGAGGUAGAGAUUUCAUCACCAGGUCUUUAAUUUCUCAUGGUUUUAGUGAAGUUAAUGUUACAACUGAACAGUGGUCCUCAGUUACACUUACAGUGUUUAAAAGUAAUAAGAAAGAGCAUCUUAAGUGGUUGAGGGUCAUCUGGGGUGAAGACCGACGUGGAGUCCGGACUGAGGUGCUUCAAGCAGCAGGCCAGAUGAUGACCACGAGGAACAGUGGAACAAGCGGGAAAGUUCUGCUGGUCACACCAAGUCCAAGUCCAAGUACUUCAAUCCACCAAAAACACUACCCAACCCCAAGAGCCCACCUGCCACAAAGGUGAAGAAAAGAAAAGUGGACCAACAGGAACAAGACGCACAGGGAAAUUUGACCUGGCUGUGGAAAAAAAAGGACACAGAGGUGGUCGUGGCAGUGCUCCCCUCACAGAUGAAAGGACACAUCUUGCUUAUCCGCCACUGUGAGCUAUGCUCACUUCGACCCCACCAGUGGUUAACAGGGGAGGUAAUUGAAGGCGUGUUUCAUGUUGCUGCCGACAAAUUCGCCGUUCUGAACAAAAUGUUAAAUGCUAAAUCACUACACAGCAGGUGUCAUUUUGUUCGGGGACAGAACUCAGCUAACAUCUCACAGUUUACCGAAGGUCAACUUUGACAACUAUGAAGCUGUCCUGUCCUUUGUACUUGUCAACAACAACCACUGGAAGUUGCUGUACAUUCAUGCCAAAACCAGCACCGUAUUCCUGGUGGAUCCAGCUCAAAGCAUCAAAGAGCUUGAUGACUCCGAACAUGCUGCCAAAAGAAUACAGGAGUACUUCAGGAUGAGGAGGACACGCCACAGCAUAACAGACUGGGUGGAUGUUAAGUGGAAGGGAGGCGUUAUGGGCCACCCACUUCAAACGGAUGGAUGUAGCUGUGGUGUCGUUGUUGUGAAGAUGGCAAAGGCAGUCAUGGAGUCCUUCCCUCUGAUCCCGAAUGUGAAUUUCGAGUGUUCGAAGAAAUACAUGAAACGGGAGAGGAGAGAACUGGCUCUCGAAAUCCUUGAGGCAUCAGUCUUUGAUGAGCACACUUAUUGUGCUAUGUGUGCUGCCUUAAGGCCUCCAGGAUCUGGAUCUCCCAUCACAGACUGGGUUCAGUGUGAUGACUGUGAACGAUGGUACCAUGCCCAGUGCCUGGCAAUGGACAGCAGAGACAUUAAAAAGGCAGAGACAGGAUAUUGGAAUUGUCCUUUGUGCAAGUAAUACUUGAAAUGUGCUCAAUGAUGACGAUUAGUAAAACAUGUGUCCUGUGUAGCCUUGUUUGUAUUACUUUCUGAUCAUUAAUCACUGGGUCACAUGACAGGGAAGCUCUAGAAAAAAACCCUGAAUUUUUUAAUAGAAAUAUUAAUAUUAAAUAGAGGAUGUAAUAUUAUCCGAUAUAAAGAGCUGUUUCUAUUGUG